AUUAAUCAACUAAUAAAGGCACUGCAAAUUGUAUGAUCAGCAACUGAAAACUGUUCAAGGAAGAGUCAGAAACAGCCAUGAACAGCCGCCACUUCCUUCUCAUAACCUGUCCUGGCCAAGGCCAUAUCAACCCCACCCUUCAGCUAGCCAAGCGCCUCAUACAAGCCGGUGCACGUGUCACGUUUGCCACCACCGUCCGCGGCCACCGAGAAAUAAAGGCCUACCCUUCCCUCGAGGGCUUAUCCUAUGCCUCUUUCUCCGACGGCUUCGAUGACGGAACCAAGCCCACCGAUGACCCCACCCACAUCAUGUCCGAGUUCAAGCGGGUCGGGUCCCAAACACUCACCAAACUGAUUCUAAGCCUCUCAAACGACCACCACGGGGCCGUCAGCUUCUUGAUCUACAGCCUCCUCCUCCCAUGGGCUGCCGACGUGGCGCGUGAUAUGGGCAUACCUUCCGCUCUUCUGUGCAUCCAAUCUGCCGCAGCGUUUGCCAUCUACUGCCAUUACUUCAACAGCAAAGACGGUAUGUAUGAGAUCUAUAGUUCUGACCCUCCAAAUUCUAUACAGUUACAGGGUUUGCCACCGCUCGCAUCCACAGAUCUACCUUCCUAUCUCUUACCAAACAGUCCACACGCUUCAGUCCUCCCCACCUUUCAAGAACACAUCCGAACCCUGGAAAAAGAUGCUAACCCAUGCGUACUUCUGAACACCUUUGAUGCUCUAGAAGUAGAAGCAAUCAAAACCGUUGAUAAUAUGAAUCUGACAACAAUCGGACCCUUGAUUCCAUCUGCUGUUUUUGAUGGAAAAGAUGGCCACUCCGAUUCGUUGUCGGUUGUAUGUGACUUGUUUGAGGGCUCCGAGGACUAUCUUCACUGGCUAAGCUCCAAGCCAACUCACUCGGUUGUUUACGUGUCUUUUGGAAGCAUGGUUGUGAUGCAAAGAAAGCAAACGGAAGAGAUUUUGCAUGGGCUAGUUGAGAGCGGCCGUCCAUUCAUGUGGGUUAUCCGAUCUUCGGAGAAUAUUGGAAGAGAAGAAGCAGAUGAUAUGAUAAAGAGCAAGUCGAGGGAAGAAGAACAGGGGUUAAUAGUGCCAUGGUGUUCGCAGGUGGAGGUGCUCUGUCACAAUUCAGUGGGGUGUUUCCUGACGCAUUGCGGGUGGAACUCCACCUUGGAGAGCAUGGCUGCCGGAGUGCCGGUGGUGGCAUGUCCGCAUUUUUCGGACCAGACGACAAAUGCGAAGCUGGUGGAGGAGGUGUGGGGGACUGGAAUUAAAGCAAGAGUGAAUGAAGAGGGAUUCGUGGAUAGGGAAGAGAUAAGGAAGUGCGUGGAGAUGAUGAUGGGAGGUGGAGAGAAAGGGGAAGAGAUAAGGAGGAAUGUCAAGAGAUGGAAAACUUUGGCUGCACAGGCUGUGAAGGAGGGGGGUUCUUCAGAGGAGCAUCUCAAGCUUUUCUUGGUAGAUUAAUAUUGGACAGCAUAAUUGCUAAUUGCAUCAAAGGGUAAAUUAGGUCAGAAAUUUCCUAUGUAGACAACCAUGUCGAUCUCUUAAAAAAAAAAAAAAAACAAGUGAUAUGUCUAUCUUAGUAUGUGUGAGAAUGAAGAAUUUAUGUCUUUUUAA